AUGGCCAAACAGUUUUCCUGGGAACAGGAGUAUAAGAGAACAUGGGAAGACAGAAGUGACAGAAAGGUAAAUGAAUUCAACACAGAGACAGGAAUUUUCUACAGUAACAAUAGAAAGGGAAUAGUAAGACAUCUACAUGUAAUAAUAGAUGUCUCCGAGGCGAUAGACAAAUCGGAUUUCCUUCCCACAUUCAGGACAAACGUGGCAAAGAUUCUUGAGGGGUUUAUUCCUUCGUUCUACAGCGAGAAUCCUUUGUCCACCCUAUCGUUCCUCAGCGUUAGAGAUGUGUGUGUGAAAUAUAUAAGUAGUAUGGACAUGGAUAUACAUGCUUUCCUAGGCCAGACAGGAUCUAAGUGGUUUUCCUUGCUUAACGGGCUCGAGGGAUCGGUGGAAAUCAUUAAGAAUACUACACAUGUUAAAGAAAUCCUAGUCAUUGUUGCAAGCACAUCGACCCGAGAUCCUCAUGGAUAUACCGAAGUGCUUACCAAGCUCAAAGUACACAACAUAAAGGUCCACUUUAUCAGCCUCUGUGGAGAGGUCACCUUAUACAAGUCAAUAUCCAAGGCUACCGAGGGGAGAUUUUAUGUUCCAGUCGAUGUAGGCCACUUAUCUAUUAUAAUGAAAGAAUUAUCCCAUCCCACAGAUUUCAACGGGACAACUCUCAGCCUAGUUAAGAUUGGAUUUCCUUUACCGGUAAUAGAGCCAUCUGUAUGUGCUUGCCACUUAGAAAUGAAGAGUGCUGGAUAUGAAUGCCCAGUGUGUAAGACUAUGGUUUGUUCCCUUCCAGUCUCAUGUCCAAUAUGCAACACUCAACUUGUGUCUACCCUGAAUCUUUCAAAGUCAUUGCGAUUUCUCUAUCCACUAAAGCCAUUCAUCGAAAAGGAGGGGAAGAUGUGCCGAAUAUGCCAAAGCAAGGGAGGAUACCAAUGCGAGCUCUGUAAAAGUAUUUUUUGCAACAGUUGCAACGGAUUUGUUCAUAACACCUUGAGCUUCUGCAUUUACUGUGAAUUACCGUACAACUAG